AUGUCUCUUCAAGACGCCCUCAAUGGAUUCCAUGCCAACCUCGACGCGGAUGAGAGAUUCCAGCCUAUUCAGGAACAGCGGCGACGGCAUCAAGCGCUCUCCGCCUCCAAGCCGAUUAACGCCAUAUUAGCCGCGUACAUGACCACACCCCGUCCUUUCAAGGCACUUACCUCCCCUUUCCCUCCACCUUAUUCACCUAAAAACGGCGAAAAUUCCAAGAAAAAUGCCGAUGCACUUCUCGAAAAGGAGCCUUCUGAAGAUGGCGGGGUGGAACUUCGUGAAUCUGCCAUUACGGUGGAUUCAGAAAUGGUGUGGGUGGUGAGCCCAUUUCCUCGUCGGCGUCCGACGCUGUGGUUGACGGCCUACGACCGCCCGUGGGAUGGCGAUCCUUCCUUCGGAGACGACCACACCUACGUGCAACCUUGCCCACUUCCGCUUCGUUCGACAAGGGAGGUGGGGGAUGGGAUUUCGUUGGAUUUUCUCCCCCAUCGCGCAAUCCCACCUCGAAUGAGCAGCGCUCCUCAAAAUAACGACUGUAACGCAUCCUAUACCGUGGAUUCCUUCUCAAGGCGGCAAGCGAGGCGAACGUUUGCAAUUCUUCGACGCAUUCCAAAAGAGAGCGGUGGUAGUUCGUGCGCGGAGCUCCGCUACGUGCUGGGCGACAACGCGGUGCCUUUUAGCGGGCUCACCUCCACGCUAAAAGGGGCGGGUUUUCGAUGCAUCGCGGCUCGAAAGGCUCUUCUCGAUACCUCAUGGUCCCUCAAGUGGAUUAAGCACCCAUUGCCGAGUGAUUUCCAAGGCGUCAACGCGGCUUUGUUUCAGAAAUUAAACCACUUCCCAGGGACGUCGCGGUUAGGAAGAAAGGAUGCACUUCAUCGGGCGCUAUGUGCGGCCUCGGAGCGGUGGAGGCGAUUCGUUGAAGAAUCCAAAAACCUCACUAUCUCAUCCACUUCUCAUUGUCUCCCCAGCACGGAAUCGGGGUGUAGCGCGAUGUUAGCGCGUUGCCUUCCAGACGAUGGGGAUAGGGAUUUAGCGGGAAAUGAAGAAUCUUUUGGCAAGGAGCUCUUUCCAAAGGCAUGGCUGCUUCCAGAGGAGCGCAAGGCCUGCGAGGCUUUUCUUCGCGAUCCGCAGCAUCGUGGCAAGCUGUUUAUCGUCAAGCCCGCCGCCGGGGCGUGCGGGAGAGGUGUGUAUUUGUUAAAGGGAGGCCCUGAAGUUGAGAUUUCACCCUCGCAUGCCGCGCAGGCUCUCCCUGAGGGAGACCUUGCGCGACAGGAUAACCCUGCUAAAGCUUCUUUUUCGAAUCGCCGAAACGUUAAGCUUCUGGGAACGCUGAGUUUUCCCGAUCGUUUUCUUGUUCAAGAAUACCUUUCGGACCCCUACCUCGUUUAUGGGUAUAAGUUCGACCUGCGUUUGUACGUUGUAAUCACGUCGUACGAGCCGGCGCGUGUGUAUUUGUACAAGGAGGGGUUGGUGCGAUUUGCAACCUCGCCGUACUUCGACUCCGCCGCUUCCUGCGAAUCCUUAGCGAGCUCAUCCCCCACGGAGGGUUCGGUCUCACCGGUGUUCAAAGGGGAAGAUGCCACCCCAGCCAUCACGGAUAUACGUCGUCUGACAGCGCAUCUCACGAACUUUACGAUCAACAAAAAAUCGGAGGACUUCGUCAUUCCCUGUUACAGUGGGGAGGGAAGCACGAAGGGAGCAGGCACCAAGGCUGGGGUUAUGGUCUCCAAGUGGUCUUUGGCAGCGCUACGGGCGUAUAUGGAGCAGGAUGGCGUUGAUUGGGAGUCCACUAUGAAGCGGGUGGAGGAUUUGCUCGCCAAGGUCUUUCUUUCCAUCGCACCCGAUGUGAGGAACGAAUUGCGAGAGCUUGAACAGCGGGGUAAAAGUGGAGGCGCCCGUGGGGCUAAGAAGGCGGCGUCUAUCAACGCAAAUGCACCCGGCCAAGGCUCCGGCUCAUUCGCCGAAUCCUCCUCUUCGUUUUUUUCGACCAUCCCCCCGCCCCCGUGCACCGUCAAAGGAAUUAGCCCAUUCUUUGAAAUUUACGGUGUGGAUGUGUUGUUGCGUCGUAGCUCCCCACAAUCGACCGGCAGCCCUGGCAUGACCAUCCCAAAAGCGGAGCGACCUCCACGCACGGCAGCGAACGUGACCGGUGUGGUUUUAAACCCCGCUAUUAUCGAAGUUAAUAUCAUGCCCUCUCUCAGCACCCACUACUCUCCUCUUGAUCAGUGUAUUAAGGGAAAUUUUAUCGCCGAUACACUGAAUUUGGUUGGACUUACCCCCAUUGCACGCAAACCAUCUUUCACAACCACCCCUAUGUCGUGUAGUAGCCGCACUGUGAAGGAGGAGCCGCGCGGCGAUCCCAACCCUGCCGCGCUGAGCUCGUUGUCCACUACGAAAGAGGCCGAAGUAAGCGCCGACCAUGCCGAUUUUGAAUCCUUCACGGGGGGAAAUUAUGGAGAUUACGACCUAUUAGAACGCUUUCUCCACGGGCAACCUCGCACGGUGGUCGAAGCGUGCUUGGUAAGUGAAGAGGAGCGCCUUCGCUCUCCGCACUUCACGCGGUUGCUUCCGACUUCGAGCUCCUUUUCUCGCUAUAAGCCUUUGCUUGUUGCGCCGCAAGAUGUUACGAACAAAGUUCAGACGGAAGGGCAAUACGGAAUCGAUAAAUUUAUUGCUUCGAGGGAUUUAACGGUGAACGCCGAUGAUGCUAGGGGAAAGGAUGGUUGUUGUUGUGCAGCUGCCCAUUGUCGAUCUUUAGAUGAAGUUUUAAGUGCAUGGGAAGUAUGUAAAGAAAGGGCUAGCAAAAAUGACAUCAAAAAUCAACAAAUCUAA